UUUUAUUUCUUUUCAGACACAUUAGCAGCAAGAAAUGCAUCAUGCCCUAGAAUAUGCCCACAACAAGGUUCUGGAGAUCCCGUUUGUGGUACAGAUGACAUAAUUUAUCCAAACAUAUGUGAAUUACGAAAAAAAACUUGCGGGAAAGGUGUACAAUUGGCAAAGGAAAAUGGAUGCAGUCGAGCACUUUCUGGAUCAAAAUGUGAACAUCGAUGUACCAAUGAUAAAGAUCAAGUAUGUGGAACAGAUGGAAGAACAUACUUAAAUCGGUGUAUGUUACAAGUUGAAAUAUGUCGAAUUGGUGGGAUUGAAUUAUCACAUGUUGGUCCUUGUAAUAAUAUAUCAGCACAUCGUGAAAAUUGUCCAGUGAAUUGUGAUCAAGCACCAAUCGAUGGACCGGUGUGUGGAUCAAACGGCAAUGUUUACAAGAACACAUGUCAGAUGAAAUUGUUAACAUGCGGCCAAGGAGUAGUUCGAACAAAUAAGAAAUAUUGUCAAACUACACGACAUUGUCGUGAAAGUUGUUGGCGUGUAGCAAAACCCACAUGCGGUUCAGAUGGCAAAAUAUAUUCAAAUGUUUGUCGUAUGAAGUCCAAAAAUUGCGGAAAACAUGUUUUUGAAGUACCCAUGGCAUUUUGUAUCAGUCAAGAACGUAAUUCUUACAGUAUAGCAUGUCCAACAAAUUGUAGUAAAGAAAAAGAAAGAUUAACUUGUGGAUCUGAUGGCAAUAUUUACAAAUCUGAAUGUGAAUUAAAAAUGUUAAAUUGUGGAACACAAUCACGUGGUAAAAAAGUUACAAAAGUUGAUUUUGAUAAAUGUCGUUCCAAGUACAAUAAAUGCCGUAAAACGAAAUGUGAAAAAGAAUUGGAUCCUGUAUGUGGAACAGAUGCUCAAACAUAUCCAAAUGAAUGUUUAUUAAAUGUUGCUUCAUGUAUGAAAGGUAUUCAAAUGGCACAUUUAGGUAACUGUACAAGCUUAAAGGAAAUUGGUCCAUGUCCAUCUUCAUGCCCUGAUGAAACUGUAAAUGAUACUGGAGCCGAGCCUGUUUGUGGCUCUGACGGCAAUGUCUAUAGAACGCUGUGUGAAUUGAAGAAAGAAACCUGUGGUCAAAAAGUAGUUCCAGUACCUGCGCAUCAUUGUAAAACAACUGCACUAUGUAACGAAGAAUGUGACGAUGCAAAACAAUUUGUGUGCGCAUCAAAUAAUAAAUUUUAUAAGAAUGAAUGCGAAAUGAAACGUGAAAAUUGUGGUAAACAUGUUUAUGUUGUACCAAUGAAACGAUGUUUAGCUGGAUUUAUGUUCCGUGGUUGCCAGAAAAUAUGCCCGACUCAUUACGAUCCUGUUUGUGGUACCGAUGAUAAAACUUAUAGUAAUCAAUGUUUCUUAGAAAUUGAAAAUUGUCAUUCCAGAUCUUUGGUUCAAUUAAAACAUUUAGGAACUUGUACUCAACCGAUAAAUGAAAUUCCCAAAAAUUAUUUAUAUUAAAUUCGUAUAUUUCAUUUAA